CCUAGAGGCAACUAAUGGGGUAACUACCUACGGAUUGGUUAGUAGUUAGUUAACUACUCCGUACAGAGUACCUACCUACUAAGCACUUGGUGUAUUCACUAACUAGUUAAGGGUGUUGACAGCUUACUUAAUUAAGUAAUAGAGUUGGGCCCAAUUGGAGUGACGUAUUUACUUCCCUACCUACUUUAACCAACUCCUAAUUACCUACCUAGGUAUAAAGUGACCUAUCGACCUGCAAUUUCAUACAACUUCAUACCUAGUAUAAAGUAUAAAAUGGAAGAGCUCUAUCAUCGCCUACUUUCAGUGCCAGCAAAACAAUUAUGUUCAAAAUCUACAUUAGAAGAUGACUAUGAUAGUCAGCUCUGUGAUCUGGUAGCCUAUCUCAGGCAGCUACUGGGCACCCUUGAUUCUGGCAUAUCUUUUGAUCAUCAAUCGCAGUGGCCUGAUCCUUCUAUACAUUCUGUCUCUUACCUUUUCAUGUUGCACUUUCAAAUUCUCUUCACACAGACUAGGGAUAAGACGAAGUUUCCAGAGGAUUUGUUUCCCGGGAAAGCUCUGUGGGCCAAGAUUGUGUUCUUCCUGAGGAACUUCGACCCGUUUCAAAUAAGUUAUGUUGGUCCAGAGUGGUGUAGGCUGCUCGAACAUGUGAAGCUUGCUGCAAACGCAGUGUUGAAGCCAUUCGUUGCGGUCAAGUUAAUUAGAGAAGCGAUCAUUCGUCUUGAUCCUUCAUCUUCAUAUCUUACUCCAGCACAUGUUAUGUUUCUGCAACUCUGUUUACAGACAAAGUCCCAUAUUGAAGCAUUGCCCAUAAUGGAUAAGCAUAUUUGCAACAUCCCGGAAAGUACCGAGAUGAUCUAUUCAAAGCAAAGGGCAGUUGCCAGCCUGCAACAUAGAAUGAGACCAACCUUUACCAUUGCAGAGAGUUCACUUUCCAAUGUUUUAACCUAUAGAGACUAUCUGCAAUAUUUCUCAUAUGGUGCAAUGAUCUACAUGGUUCUAAAGAGAUGGGGGGAUGCACUCCACUUCCUAAAUAUCGUGGUAUCUAUCCCAGUGACAAGCUCUAUCAGCUUGAUCAUGGUGGAUGCAUAUAAGAAGCAGAUUCUAGCUAGUCUGCAAGAACACGGAAAGUUGCCUGCUCUGCCAACUACUGUUACACUCCAUACAAAAAAGCUGCUGCGGUCACUUGCAAGGCCGUAUGUUGAUCUAGCGGAUGCUUUUGAGGCUCUUGACACCAAGAGGAUGUUAGAUACUGUUGGAAAAUAUCGGAAAGUUUGGUCUUCGGACAAGAAUCGCGGCCUAGUUAAUCAAAUAGUGGAUGCCUUCCACAGCCAUCUACUUUUAAGCUUGGGGAAAACUUUCGCCGCUCUCAACAUGACAGACAUUGCCAGACUUGAUGUAGGCGAAGAACCGGAGCCAGUUGUGAUACGAUGCAUCAUGUCCGGGGCUUUGCAUGGAAGUUUAGUGCAAUCGGGAAGUGCUGCCCGGUCAUCAAUGCUGCGUUUCACUGAAAAAUCCGUUCCUUUUCCAGUCUCUGUAGAAGAACACAUACAGAAACAGUUGCUCGAGGAGCAAGCAGCCCUGGGAUACUUACAUAGCAGCUUGUGGGAAAAUAAUGGCGGUCUUGAAUCAACCGCUGAGUUUAUCCAGAAUAUGCAAAGAAGGCAGAAGACCAUUGAUAGAGUGCAGAAGGGGAGUCCGAUACUUGUUGAGGGAUUAGGAAACGAAUUCCAACUGGAUGAAGAUAUGAUGGAAGAUAUGGAUUAGUGUGGAUUUUAGAGGAUGACUUUAUAUAUUCAGGUGAGAUAGACCUGUGAGGAAUGGGUAUAUAGCAUCAGUAUGAAUUCAACACAGUUGAGGGAUUAUGUUCCUAGUAUCCUGA